GGUCUUCAAGAAGGCCAGUCCCAAUGGAAAGCUCACCGUCUACCUGGGCAAGAGGGACUUUGUGGAUCACAUUGACGUGGUGGACCCCGUGGAUGGAGUGGUGCUGGUGGACCCCGAGUACCUGAAGGAGAGAAAAGUCUUCGUGACGUUGACCUGCGCCUUCCGCUACGGCCGCGAGGACCUGGAUGUGCUGGGCCUGACCUUCCGGAAGGACCUCUUUGUGGCCAACGCCCAGGCCUUCCCCCCACUCCCCGAGGAGAAGAAGCCCCUGACGCGGCUGCAGGAGCGGCUCAUCAAGAAGCUGGGCGAGCACGCCUACCCCUUCACCUUCGAGAUCCCUCCCAACCUGCCGUGCUCCGUCACACUCCAGCCAGGCCCGGAGGACACGGGGAAGGCCUGCGGUGUGGACUAUGAGGUCAAAGCUUUCUGUGCGGAGAACCUGGAGGAGAAAAUCCACAAGAGGAACUCGGUGCGCCUGGUGAUCCGCAAGGUCCAGUACGCACCGGAGCGACCCGGCCCCCAGCCCAUGGCAGAGACCACCCGGCAGUUCCUCAUGUCGGACAAGCCGCUGCACCUCGAGGCCUCCCUGGACAAGGAGAUCUACUACCACGGAGAACCCAUCAGCGUCAACGUCCACGUCACCAACAACACCAACAAGACCGUGAAGAAGAUCAAAAUAUCAGUGCGCCAGUACGCCGACAUCUGCCUCUUCAACACCGCCCAGUACAAGUGUCCCGUGGCUGUGGAGGACGCCGACGACAUGGUGGCCCCGAGCUCGACGUUCUGCAAAGUCUACACCCUGACCCCCUUCCUUGCCAACAACCGGGAGAAGCGGGGGCUGGCGUUGGACGGCAAACUCAAGCAUGAGGACACCAACCUGGCCUCCAGCACGCUGUUAAGAGAUGGAGCCAACAAGGAGAUCCUGGGCAUUAUCGUCUCCUACAAGGUGAAGGUGAAGCUGGUGGUGUCACGAGGAGGCCUACUGGGAGACCUCGCCUCCAGUGACGUGGCGGUGGAGUUGCCCUUCACGCUGAUGCAUCCCAAACCCAAGGAGGAACCGGUGCACAGGGACGUUCCAGAGAAUGAAGCACCCAUAGAUACAAACCUGAUAGAGCUCGACACAAA